GCUCCUGGUCCCCGGUCCCCGUUCGCCGCUCCUGAUUGGCCGAGCUCCUGUCAGUAGUAAAAAAGUAUCAGAUAGCAAACUUGGGACCUUCAUAAAGGCGUGGCGUGGUACUCCUCGAUGAUGAUUGCCGGCGGCCUAUGACAUCAGCCAGGAACGCCUGGGAUGCCGCUGCUCCCGGCCCGACGCCGCCGCGGGAGGAGGAGGGUCCCGCCGCCGCCGCCGCCUAGGAGUUAGCCGCCCGCGCAGCGAGGGGGAGCCCCGCCAGGGUUCCGGGGACACUGGUUUCGGUCCCUGGCGGCCUCUGUCCUCCUACCCAGGGGAGCUCCCCGAGGAGAGCUGGAUGAAUUCUGGGUUGUCAGCUGCGCGCAGCGGGGCUCCCGGGAGCCGGUUCCUGGUGGCACACAGGGGGCGCCUGGCUCGCUGAGACUCAACAUGACCCUCCUGGGGGCUGAGCACUCUUUGCUGAUUAGGAGCAAGUUCAGAUCAGUUUUGCAGUUACGACUUCAGCAAAGAAGGGCCCAGGAGCAGCUGGCUAGCCAGGGCUUCAUACCACACUAAUCCAAGCCACAGCAGCCACAUACUUACUGCCAAGCCUUGCGCUGAGAGGUCCCACUGUGUUCCAUGAGCAAAGAAAGCAUCCGGCUGGUGACCAGACAGAAGACGCCCUGCAGCACAAGGUCAGAAGCAGGCCCAACCGCGCCCACUCGGCGACUAUGCACAUACUCCAGGCCUCCACGGCAGAGAGGUCUAUUCCCGCUGCUCAGAUGAAGCUGAAAAGAGCCAGACUUGCAGACGAUCUCAAUGAAAAAAUUGCUCUCCGGCCGGGGCCGCUGGAGCUAGUGGAGAAGAACAUACUCCCUGUGGAUUCUGCUGUGAAAGAGGCCAUUAAAGGGAACCAGGUGAGCUUCUCCAAACCAGCAGAUGCCUUCGCCUUCGACGAGGACAGCAGCAGCGAUGGGCUUUCUCCAGAUCACACACGAAGCGAAGACCCCCAGGGCCCAGCGAGGUCCCCCCCAGACACCAAAGCCUCAGAGACCUCUUUGGCAGGUCCUCCAGGGACAAUCCAGGAUCUGACUUCGGGCUCAGAAAAUGACAGGAAUGACUCGGUCUCCCAGCCCAGCAACCAGUCAGACCCAGGGAAGCAGGGGCUCGGCCCACUCAGCUCCGCCAACCCCGGGCACGCUGCAGUGAAGGCCAAGUCCUUGAGCGACAGUAAGAACCGCCACAAGAAGCCCAAGGACCCCAAGCCAAAGGUGAAGAAGCUCAAGUACCACCAGUACAUCCCCCCGGACCAGAAGGCGGAGAAGUCGCCGCCGCCCAUGGACUCGGCCUACGCGCGGCUGCUGCAGCAGCAGCAGCUGUUCCUGCAGCUGCAGAUCCUCAGCCAGCAGCAGCAGCAGCGCUUCGGCUACACCAGCGUCCACCCCGCUCAGCUCAAGGAACCAAAUGAACAGAUGGUCAGAAAUCCAAACUCUUCUUCAGCACCACUGAGCAGUACCCCUAUGUCUCCUGUCAAAAACAGUUUUUCUGGUCAAACUGGUGUCUCUUCUCUCAAGCCAGGCCCACUCCCAUCAAACCUGGAUGAUCUGAAGGUUUCUGAAUUACGACAGCAGCUCAGGCUCCGCGGCCUGCCGGUGUCGGGCACCAAGACGGCGCUCAUGGACCGGCUGCGGCCCUUCCAGGACUGCUCCGGGAGCCCUGUGCCCAGCUUCGGCGACAUCACCACGGUCACCUUCCCCGUCACGCCCACCGGCGCCCUGCCUCACUAUCAGUCCUCCCCGUCCGCCCUGCCCAAGGGCUUCUACCACUUUGGCAGCACCAGCUCCAGCCCGCCCAUCUCGCCCGCCUCCUCCGACCUGUCCCUGGCGGGGUCCCUGCCGGACGCCUUCCAAGAUGCAUCGCCCUCCUUCGGCCUGCACCCGUCCCCGGGCCGCCUGGGCCCCGACGACAGCCUGGCCAGCAGCCUGCACGGUGGCAGCGCUCCUGCAGAGCUGGACGCGGGGCUGGACUCCGAGAAGGACAAGAUGCUGGUGGAGAAGCAGAAGGUCAUCAACGAGCUCACGUGGAAGCUGCAGCAGGAGCAGCGGCACGUGGAGGAGCUGCGACUACAGCUGCAGCAGCAGAAGCGGAGCAAGGGCACCGCCGCCUCCGAGCUGGAGCCGCCGCCGCCCUUCCUAGGGGCACCCAUCAAGCAGGAGGACGCUGCCCCCAGCUGCCCCUUCGCGGCCUCCCGGCGGGUCUGCUCCGCGCACAGACCACCGGACGUCCAGGCUGCCCCGCUCCUGCUGCCCCCGGGCAGCGGGCACGGCCUGGAGGCCUCGGGGCAGGCCCACGCUCUGCCCUCCACGUUCCUCAGCCCGCAGUGCUCCCCGCAGCACUCGCCGCUGGGGGCCCUGAAGAGCCCGCAGCACAUCAGCUUGCCCCCAUCCCCCAACAACCAUUACUUCCUCCCUUCCUCGUCAGCAGGUGCCCAGGGAGAGGGGCACGGGGUCUCCUCACCUGCCAGCGCCCAGGUGUGCACUGCACAGAACUCAGGGGCACACGAGGGCCAUACUGCGAGCUUCUCCCCGCAGCCUGCCAGCCUUCACCCCCCUUUCUCUGGGGCCCAGGCAGACAGCAGUCAUGGUGCUAUGGGCAAUCCUUGUCCCUCAAGCCCAAGUGUACAGCAAAAGAUGGCUGGUUUGCACUCUUCUGAUAAAGCAGGACCAAAGUUUUCAAAUCCAUCUCCAACUUUUCCUAAGUCAACAUCAACAGUUGCAGAGAUAACACAGCCUCCAUCCUAUGAAGAUGCAGUAAAACAGCAAAUGACUCGCAGUCAGCAGAUGGAUGAACUCCUGGAUGUCCUCAUUGAAAGUGGAGAAAUGCCAGCUGAUGCCAGAGAGGAUCAUUCGUGUCUUCAAAAAGUCCCAAAGAUGCCUAGGUCUUCCCGAAGCCCUACUGAUGCCCUCCCCAAGCCUUCUGCUCCCUUUGAACCAGCGUCUUCAGGAGGCCAGCUCUCAUUUGAUCACUACGGCACAGACAGUGAUGAGCACCUGGAAGUCUUAUUAAAUUCCCAGAGCCCCUUGGGGAAGGUGAGCGAUGUUGCCCUUCUAAAAAUUGGGAGUGAGGAGCCUUCUUUCGAUGGCAUAAUGGAUGGAUUCUCUGGGAAGGCUGCAGAAGACCUCUUCAAUUCGCACGAGAUCUUGCCAGGUCCCCUCUCCCCGAUACACACUCAGUUUUCACCUUCUUCUGUGGACAGCAGUGGGCUGCAGUUAAGCUUCACAGAAUCUCCCUGGGAAACCAUGGAGUGGCUGGACCUCACGCCACCAAGUUCCACACCGAGCUUCAGCUCACUCACCACCAGUGGCCCUAGCAUCUUCAACAUUGAUUUUCUGGAUGUCACAGAUCUUAAUUUGAAUUCCCCCAUGGACCUUCACUUACAGCAGUGGUAGAAUGCCUGACACAAAAAUGCUAAGGAAGGCCAAUAGGAAUUCUAUGACCACAAAUAUUUGUAUUAUCCAAAAGGAGGAGCAGGAGGAGGGGAAGGAGGAGGAGGAGGAAAUUUAAAAGAAGCAAUGGAGAUUUCUGUGACAACAGCACAAAUAGAGUAUAUAUAUAUAUAUAUAUAUAUAUAUAUAUACUCUAUUUGUGCUGUCAUAUUUACCAACAUUCAAUGACUGUUGCUGAAUUUAACAAUGCACUUAAAAUGUGCUUUCUCAGAUCAAGAAUGCAAAAAAAAAAAAAAUCUUUCACUACCUUUUCAAACACCAAUAUAUUUUCUAACCCAUAUUUAAUUAAGACAUUGUUGGGGCAUAAUCUCACCUUGUAAGCUGUUCUCAUGAAUUUAUUGGAAAAACUGUGGAAAGAAAAUGUAAACUUGGGAGUCCAGGGAAGUCAAUCUAUCAAAGGUUAUAGAAGACACACUUGUGAUGGAGGCUGAUUCUCAUAGCUCCAUUACCUGUCUUUCAAAAUACAAAUAAGGCCCAGUUUCAGUUACAGAGUUCUUGAGGCAGAAUAGAGGGACAGAACCAAUUCAUUACAAGAGAAGAAAAAUCAACUCAGUGUCCCUUGGCCACAUAGCGACCCCAUUGGAAUGGUUUCCAAUCUCCUACCCAGGAGUCUGUGUGGUCCCCGAUAAACAGUGACCCAAGAUUGUUGCAGAGAACCCUUCCUGGAACUUCCCUUUUUCUUAACCAGUUAGCCGAAUCCCUCCCACCCUCCCUGUGGUGGGAAGCAUUGUGAAACAGGCAAGAAAUUCUUGCCAUGGGAGGUUCUUCAACACAACCCUCCUUAGUUCCGAAGACUAGUGCUGACCACCUAGUCCUAGGCAGACAAAGGACCGCUCUAGCCUCAGGGAGCCAUAUCAGGGAUCACUCAGACCGCACUAGAGAAUGCUGUUUCACAUACCAUGGGGAUAAAUACCAUAGGCUGCUGUAAGAGGACUGUGUGUGGAGGCCCAACUUCUUUUUCUGGAAUGGGCAUGGUCUUGUUUCUUUUUCCCUCCCGCUCAACUUUUCUUUCAAGAAACCAACCCUUUCUUGCUCCUCUUUCAUAUAUCUUUAUUUUUCUGCCCCAAAAUUGGGAAAAGGCUUCUUAGAUCUAACAAGCUGCCAUACUCCUAAGAAAGCCAUUUCAAAAAGCUAGAAUUUCAGGUUUUCCAGGAAAACUCAUUCUCCAUAUGCAUAAUUGGCUGCAGAAGGAAGGUAAAAGAAUGUCCUUAGGAAGAAGCUGGUGACUGGGCCCCUCAGUCACCACGCUCAUUCUCCCCUCCUUUGAUUUACAGCAAUCAUUGAUUUGGGAAAUUGGAAAUCAUUAUAUUGUAGAGAUACAUUCACAAGGAGAGAGUGUUUAGGUAUGGAAUUCUGAAGAAAACACAAUUGUGCAUUGAAAACAGUGGAAGAAAAGACAGUGGUGUCUUGUGCAUUCCUCAUUACCUCUCAAGCUUGUGCUGGGGGUUGAAAAACUCAGCUGUGGGGACAGCCUCCCCAAGGUGCACUGUGACUUCACCGUUUUCAUAGUGUUGCAUGCUGUAGAAAGUAGCUGUUGUUGUUGUUGUUUUAAUUUAAAUCACUAAGGCACUGUUUUCUUAUUUUGUAAAAAAAUGUUGUUCACUGUGCACUUAUGGAGAAAAUAACCAAAAAUGUUGUGGUUUUAGUUCUUUU